UCGGGCGGAAGAAGCUGCAGAGAGAGACCCGCACGGAGCGGGCGCGUGCUCCGCUGCGCUAGCUCCAGCCUCGCGCGUGCUGAGAUUGCCUCACCUGUUAUCAUACAUCAUAACAUGGGGCUCACCAAGCAGUACCUACGCUAUGUUGCUAGUGCUGUUUUUGGCUUGAUUGGCAGCCAAAAAGGUAGCAUUGUUUUUGUGACACUUCGUGGUGAGAAAGGGCGCUAUGUGGCAGUACCAGCCUGUGAACAUGUUUUCAUCUGGGACUUAAGGAAAGGAGAAAAGAUCCUUAUCCUUCACGGGCUUAAACAAGAAGUCACUUGCUUAUGCCCCUCCCCGGAUGGGCUACAUUUAGCUGUCGGUUAUGAGGAUGGGUCCAUCCGAAUCUUCAGUCUCCUUAGUGGGGAAGGAAACGUGACCUUCAAUGGACACAAAGCAGCUGUCACCAGCUUGAAGUAUGAUCAUCUAGGAGGCAGGCUGGCUUCUGGAUCCAAGGAUACAGAUGUGAUUGUAUGGGAUGUUAUCAAUGAAAGUGGCCUCUACCGUCUAAAAGGGCACAAGGACGCCAUCACACAAGCAUUGUUUCUACGGGAAAAGAACCUUCUAGUUACGAGUGGGAAAGAUACCAUGGUGAAAUGGUGGGACCUUGAUAACCAGCACUGCUUCAAAACUAUGAUUGGCCACCGAACUGAGGUAUGGGGGUUGGUUCUGGUGUCAGAAGAAAGGCGACUAAUCACUGGGUCUUCUGACAGUGAACUGAGGGCCUGGGACAUAACCUACCUGCAGGAGAUUAAUGACCCAGAAGAACCAGAGCCCAAGAAAAUCAGAGAAUCUUCGCCUGGAAUCCAUGAAGCACCUGAAGCAGAAGAUGGCUCCUUUGAGUUUGAUGAGACACCCCAGGAUCGCAUCCUUUCGUGCAGAAAAGCUGGUUCCAUAAUGCGUGAAGGAAGAGACAGAGUUGUGAACCUUGCCGUUGACAAGACAGGGAAGAUUCUUGCUUGCCAUGGAACUGAUUCUGUACUAGAAGUAUUUUGCAUCCUUUCCAAGGAGGAAGUUCAGAAGAAAAUGGAUAAGAAAAUGAAGAAAGCUAGAAAGAAAGCAAAAUUAAGUUCUUGCAAAGGGGAGGAAGAGGAGGACUUUGAAAUCACUGUGGAAAUGACUCUGAAAGAUGAAAUCCAGCAGUUGACUAAUAUCAAAACUUCUGCCAAGAUCAAGUCCUUUGACUUGAUUCAUUCACCUCAAGGAGAGUUAAAGGCAGUCUUUCUGCUGCAAAACAACCAGGUGGAAUUGUAUUCUCUCAAUGCAUCCCUGCCUACUCCUCAGCCUGUCCGGAUGGGCAGAAUCACCAUGGGUGGUCACCGCAGUGACGUGCGUACUUUGUCAUUCAGCUCAGAUAAUAUUGCUGUGCUUUCAGCUGCAGCUGAUUCUAUUAAGAUAUGGAACAGGUCCACACUGCAAUGUAUUCGCACAAUGGCCUGUGACUAUGCACUCUGCUCCUUCUUUGUUCCUGGUGACAGGCAGGUGGUUAUAGGAACAAAGUCAGGGAAACUGCAGCUUUAUGACUUGGCCUCCGGAAGUCCACUGGAGACGGUGGAUGCUCAUAGUGGAGCUUUGUGGUCCAUGUCUGUUUCUCCAGAUAAGCGUGGCUUUGUGACAGGUGGUGCUGAUAAGUCAGUGAAGUUCUGGGAUUUUGAGUUGGUAAAAGAUGAAAGUAGUAUCCAGAAAAGGCUGUCUGUGAGGCAGACCCGAACCUUGCAACUAGAUGAAGAGGUCCUGUGUGUCAGUUGCUCUCCUAAUCAAAAGCUUUUGGCUGUGUCUUUGCUAGACUGUACUGUGAAAAUUUUCUAUGUGGACACUUUAAAGUUCUUCCUCUCAUUGUAUGGACACAGACUGCCUGUUAUAUGCAUGGACAUCUCUUAUGAUGGAAUGCUAAUAGCCACAGGCUCUGCUGAUAGGAAUGUGAAAAUCUGGGGUUUGGACUUUGGGGACUGUCAUAGGUCUCUCUUUGCGCAUGAUGACAGUGUGAUGUUCCUGCAGUUUGUACCUAAGUCUCACCUCUUCUUCACUGCGGGGAAAGACCGGAAGAUUAAGCAGUGGGAUGCAGACAAAUUUGAGCACAUACAGACAUUGGAGGGGCACCACCAGGAAAUAUGGUGUCUGGCUAUAAGUCCCAGUGGAGACUAUGUUGUAUCAUCAUCCCACGACAAAUCUCUGAGACUCUGGGAGAGAACGAGAGAGCCUCUUAUUCUUGAGGAGGAAAGGGAAAUGCAAAGGGAAGCAGAAUAUGAAGAGAGUGUAGCCAAAGAAGACCAACCAGCAGUUCCAGGGGAAACUCAAGGUGACAGUUACUUUACUGGAAAGAAAACUAUUGAAACAGUCAAAGCGGCCGAGAGGAUCAUGGAAGCCAUUGAGCUGUACCGAGAGGAAACUGUGAAAAUGAAAGAACACAAAGCCAUUUGUAAGGCUGCAGGAAAAGAGGUUCCUCGUCCCAUGAACCCCGUCCUAAUUGCUUAUGGCAAUAUUUCACCUUCAACUUACGUACUAGAGACUUUCAAAGGGGUCAAGUCAAGUGAGCUGGAAGAGUCUCUCCUCGUACUGCCUUUCUCUUAUGUUCCAGACAUUCUUCAGCUCUUUGAUGAAUUCAUCCAGAUGGGUUCUGAUGUUGAACUUCUGUGUCGGUGCCUUUUCUUCCUCCUCAGGAUUCACUUUGGCCAGAUCACCAGCAACCAGAUGCUUGUACCAAUAAUAGAAAAAUUAAAGGAAACAACCAUUUCAAAAGUCAGACAAGUCCAAGAUGUUAUUGGCUUUAACAUGGCAGGUCUUGAUUAUCUCAAGAGGGAAUGUGAGGCAAAAAGUGAAGUUAUGUUCUUUGCUGAUGCUACUAGCCACUUGGAAGAGAAGAAAAGGAAGAGGAGAAAUAGGAAGAAGAUGAUCUUAACAUUGACUUAAAACUGAGAUGUUGUGCCUUGUUGGUCUUCUCCUGAGAGAAGCUUGUAAGCUGAGCUGUGGAGGAGCUGGCAUCACCCUGAAAACACCAAGUGAAAUUUCAUGCUGAGGUAGCAAGCUUUGCUGGAGGGAAUUCCAGCAUGGCUGUAUGGUCUGGCUACUUUUUUGGGGCUUGAGAGUAUGAAUAGUUUAAAAAUCUUCUACUCUCGAGAGCUGAGGACUCUAAUAUUUUCCCUAAUAAAUUCUAUCGAGGAACCACCAAAGAUUGUUUUUUAAAUUAGCUAUUUGACAAACUCAAGUUGAAAUUAACAUUUCAAAAGUUUGUCAUAUUUUAGCCAGGCAUAGUGGUGCACUUCUUUAAUUCCAGCACUUGGGAGGCAGGGGUAUGAGGAUCACUAAGAGUUUAAGGCCACCCUGAGACUACAUAGUGAGUUCCAGGUCAGCCCCUCAGUGGGAUUGCUGGUAUUCACCAUGGAGUUGUAGUUUAUAAGUUAUGAGAGAGCAGGCAGUCAUUGUGUGUGGUGGGGGAGGGCAAUGCUUCUGGCUGUUCCCUCCCACCAUGUGGCUCUUACAUUUUUUCCCAACCCUCUGACAAAAUUCCCUGUGCCUUGGUGGUUGUUAACCAAGUGUAUAAGUGAUUGUGCUCUGCCCUAAAAACAGCACCAUGGACUUCUGGAGUUAAAAAGGAGUAUAGGGCUGGAGAGAUGGCUUAGCAGUUAAGGCAUUUGCCUGAGAAACCUAAGGAGCCAGGUUCAUUUCCCCAGUACCCAUGUAAAGCCAGAUGCACAUGGUGGCACAUGCAUGUGGAGUUCUUUGGCAGUGGCUGGAGGCCCUGGUGUGCCCAUUCUCACACUCUGUCUGCCUCGUUCUCUCUCACAGAAUGAAAUAAAUAACAAGGAGUAUAAAGAAUCUUUAAACCUCUUGCAGGUUGUUAAAUAUGUAUAUCGGAACAUAUUGUUAUUUGUAUGCUUUUUGGAAUAAAGUUUUUCUUUCUACUUAA